AUGGCAACACAAAAAACUGCUUAUGUGACUGGCGGCGCAAGUGGCAUUGGUCGGGCAGUAGUAGAGAUGCUCGUAAGAAGAGGAGUCCGAGUAGCCAUCGCCGACGUCAACCUACAAGGAGCGCAGUCUUUAGCCUCCACUCUCCAAGGCGCACUCGCCGUCGAGUUGAACGCCGCAGACUGGGACUCUCAACUGGCGGCCUUCAAGCAGAUUCUGCAACAGUUCGGUAGAAUCGACUAUGUCUAUGGCAUUGCCGGUGUUGGAGAGCGCACGUGGAUUCCAAACGAUCCGAAUGGUCUUGACUUUACGAAGCCGGAUUUGACAACCCUGGACAUCGAUCUGAACGGUGUGUUGUACACCUCGGCGCUCGCGAUCCAGCAGAUGAGACGACAAGAUCCUGAUGAGCGAGGUAUCAGGGGCAAAAUCACCGUGGUAGCCUCUGUGUGUGGAUUCUACUGUGUGCCAACACUGCCGAUAUACACAGCAGCAAAACACGGCGUCGUUGGUUUUGUCAGGUCCUUUGGCAAGCACCUGCCCACCGAUGGCAUCACUCUGAACGCGAUCUGUCCCGACGUCGUGCGCACGAACAUAUCCACCAGCGGAUUUUAUGAUGCCCUGGAGGAGCGCAAGCUGCUGGUAUCGAUGGAAUCUGUCAUGGAGGCUUUCGAGCGGUGCCUCGAUACCGAGAUCUCUGGUGAGACACUAGAGAUCGAGCCUAACAGUGGUAUCACGCAUCGUUCACCACCAGAGCCAAUCGACCAGGACGCUGCCGAGACCAUGAAGUUGCUGCAUCAGCGUGGAGCUUCGUAUCAUGCGCCCAACAAGUUCAAAUAG